CUAGGAUUUAAGACAAAACAAAACAAAUCAAUUUUUCGUAAAACUCUUUACAUGGCUUGUGUAUGAACAAGAUCUCCUCCCUCUUCCUAAAUGACGAAGGAUAUUAUAUUUUUUGCAAUUAAAACUCGACUAUGCAUUAUCGUUCUACAAACAAUUUCGAAUAAACUGAUACCUGACCAUGAUCCCGAAGUUUUUGUCAGCCCACUUGAUGACACAGUCAACGUUUGGAUGCCUGAAGCGCAAUGGAUUAUUGACACACUCUUGGGUGGUCUUGCACGUUGGGAUGCACAAUAUUUCCUUCAUAUUGCAACACAUGGGUACACUUAUGAACAGACUCUUGCAUUCUACCCACUAUUUCCAAUGACGGUUGGAAUCAUAGCAAAACUAUUAUAUGCCAUGUGUCCAAUUGUGUCAGUUUACCACUUUAGUUUGGUUGUAGCUGUCUUACUAAACAUAUUUUUUUUUGUCAAAGCAGCCGUAUGCUUAUCCGAGUUAAGUUUACGAAUGACAGGCAACAAAAAGUGGGCACAACUUGUGGCAUUGCUAUUUUGCUUAAAUCCAGCAUCAAUUUUCUUCACAGCACCUUAUUCAGAGACCUUGUAUUCAUGGCUCACAUUUAGAAUAAUGCUCGAAACAUCUGAUAAUACAAUAUCAUUCAUGCGAUUAGUAAUGCCGCUCAGUUUGAGUUUAGUUUGUCGAUCAAAUGGAUUUAUAAAUUUAGGAUAUGUUAUUUAUUUCGCGCUUAAAUCAUGUUUAUCACUAAGUAAGAAACUAAACAAAAUGACAAUCAUUGUACGAACAAUAUUAGUUGUAGGAUGUGCUCUCAUUUUGUAUGGUAUAACGCAGCUUUAUUUUUACUAUUUAUAUUGCAGUCGUCACCAUAUAAAUCACAGUCCUGCAAUAAUACAAUACGCACAAAAACAUGGAUUUAUUUUGUCGGGGAUUCGGCAAAAUGGAAGUAGUCCUUGGUGUGACAACGAUUUGCCAAUGUCUUAUUCGUACAUUCAAAAUCACUAUUGGAAUGUUGGAUUUCUUAACUAUUACAAAUUGAAACAACUGCCAAAUUUCCUCCUUGCCGCGCCAAUUUUGGGAAUAUUUUUGCAUUUUUGCUUCAACUAUAUCGCACAGAACACACGUUAUUGUAUUUACUUAGGCCUUUUGGAUAACAAAAUCACAAAGAAAAUAACCCUAUUCGAAAAACAAAUAUUUCCUUUUAUGCUACAUGGUCUAUUUCUCACCAUGUUCUGCAUACUUUUUGUGCACAUUCAAGUGGCAACUCGUUUAUUAGCUUCAUCUAGUCCUCUUUUGUAUUGGUAUUGUGCAAAUUACUUCAAAGAUACCGGUAUUAAUAGUUUAGAAGAAAUACGAGACAUAAUAUUAUUAGACAAAUCAGAGGCCCGAAGACUGAUUUUAUGUUACUUCAUUGGGUUUGCACUCUUUGGGACAAUACUUUUUAGCAAUUUCUUACCAUGGACGUAAGCUAAAUUAUAAAAAAAAUACUUAUAAUGAGAGAUGUUUUGGAACAUAAUUUAGUAAUAAAAGAAAUGUAUAUAAUUACGAUUUUAAAUAUACAA